UCCGAACGGUGGAUUUUCUUUGCAUGAGCUGCCGUAGUUCCGCGUGGAUUUCCUUAUAGUAGCAAAGUGCUUCGGUUCGUGAAAAUGUGAUUGAUUCCUGCGCUUUUUUUUUUCUUUCGUUUGUUUUCGAUCGAUUGUUACGAAAAUACGACAUUUCUGCCGAGCCACGACCGUACGAACUCGAGUUUUCUAGAGCUCGCUGCUCUAGUAGUAAUGGCAAUAAUCUUGAUACACUUGCGCCGAAUUCUGCUCCUGGUCACGGUCGCUUAUCUUUGUGGCACGUUGGUGAAGAAACUGGUUUACGGUGUGCGCUAUCAGAAGAUCAAUAAUUUACUAUUUACCAAGCGGCUCCACUGCCAUCUUUGGGUGUACCUCUAUACCAUCUACCUCUACAUGGUAGUUCUCAAUUGUGUCGACUGGAAUCAGAUCAACGUUUUUGAAAAUUUCUUCCAAUAAAGUGCGGUGAUUGCGAGAAAAAUUUCCCAUAUGCGAAUGACAGCGUGGUGAGUUUUGCGGGAAAAGUGGGCAUAUAGAAGGCUAAAAAUAAGCGUGGACGUCUAAUUCAGAAGACGGAGAGCAAGCGAAUGGUGAGUUUUGUGAGCGCGUGGUGAUUCUUCUUCAAAUCGUGAUUCCACGUCAAGCACGAGAGGUUGUUGUGAAUGUGCGUGAGUGAAUUUUCUCAACCGGUGUCAGUUUUCUUCGGUAAAACAGGAAGAGCACUUCUCAAUUGAUAAAAUAUCAACCGGCUCACCCUGAAUCGCAUUUCGUAGAUCUAUUCGUUUCGUAGGGUUUCAAAAUAUCAAUCUUCUUCAUAGCAGACCAGCUUCAACCGAUUGAAACCACUAUUGUCGACUAAAAUUAGUCUGGAGAGUAGUGAAAAUGGAGAAAAAAGAUGGUGGUGAUGCAACAAGUGGUGUGUAGUUUGUGAGAAAAUAGUUGUAACACAUUCAAGAGCUCGGCAUAAAAGGAAGAAAAAGAUAAAAUCCACCCAAGUGCUAAGUGAAAAAAAAAAUUGUGCAAGUUGAAAAUUUAAAUCCACAAGUGUGCAGCCGACAACUUUUUUUUGCAUGAUUAAAAGAAGCAAAGUGAAAAGUAUCAAUCUGAACCAGUCUUCGAAUUUCUAACCAAGGAAGGAGCAUAUCAGCGGAAACGGGGAUUCUGUGGCGAUGUCGUCAUACCGCAGUAACUAUAGUAGUUAUUCCUGGAAGUCAACCUACUAUCCAACGUCUUCGACAUCCAGUUCCUCUUUCGGAAGCAGUAGAUUCUCGACCGAACCGACGAGUUCACGGUUCAGUUCGUUGAGUUCUACCGGUAGUAGCAGUUACCGACCAUCGUACACCACUGGCAGCUAUCGUUCUCCUCGGACGGCAUCAAAUGUGUCGAAUUACAUCAGUCGGUACUCUAGCCUGGCCGCUGAGAAAGAGAAGGAGAAGGAUCGGGAGAACACGAAAGAAGAGGAACGAAGAAGAGAGAGAGAACGUGAACGUGAGCAGCGAGAGAAGGAAAGAGAGAAAGAGCGUGAUCGUGAGAAGGAUCGGCUGAUUGAAACUUCGAAAAAGUUGGAAGCAGAGCUUGAGAAGGACAAGCCAAAAUUGAUUAAAAAAUCAGCGCUAAUUGCAGCCAAGUAUGGUGAACGUACUGCAGAGAGCGAAGAUGCGACGAAGGCAGGCGCCAAGACAACUUUGCUGAAACCAAAGAAGGAAAAUGCACCACCAGUUACUUUCACUACCCGUUACGGACGGGCAGGAGUCACUAGGGAAAAAUCCAGAGAGCCAAGUCCGGCCACCACCAGGGUGAAUUCGUCGAAUAAUUUGACUGUGAAUCGACCAAGAGCUAGGGAUCCGAGUCCUGCUGGCGGGGCUGGAGCGAAUAAGAUCAGAUCAAGGGAUCCUAGUCCAUCAGUGGAGAGCAAACGGACAGGAGGAUAUGCAGCGGCCAUUGGUAAUAAAUUUACUGCCAAAGAAAAUGGCAGUCAGGCUCCAGCUAACGAAUACAAGAGACAGAAUUCGAACACAUUGAGCAGUUAUUUCCAGAAUCGAGCGCGAUCAAGAGAUCCUAGUCCCACGGUGCGUACACAUACAUCGAGAGAAUCCAGCCCCAUUGAAUCUAAGAAAGUGGUGAAGUCAUUCAAUGCACGAUCAAGGGAUCCAAGUCCAGUAACGUCGAGAAUUAAUAUCACAAAUGCCAAGACAACAACUGCCGUUAGGCACCGGUCUAGGGAUCCGAGUCCAGCAGAACCUAAAAAGUUUACUAGUAGCAUUAGUAUUAAGACUGGCAUUCGAUCAAGAGAUCCAAGCCCUGCUGAACCGAAAAAGAUUCCAACUUUUGGUUCCAGUAGACUCAAAUCUAGAGAUCCCAGUCCUGCAGCAACUAGGCAGCCCACAUUUUCAAGCACUGCCCCUAGAACACGGGUGCAAGAUGUCAGUUCAGCAGGACCUAAGCAAUCACCAGCCUAUACGAGAUCACUGACUAGUAGAGAUAAGCCAGCUGAGAAUCGCUCUUUGACUUUACCAUCUCAAAAGACUAGAGAUCCUAGUCCUAGUGUGUCUAAGAUGAGAAGUCGUGACCCUAGUCCAGCAAUGAGCACUACUGCUGCCAGGAGAUCAUCCAGGGAGCCUAGUCCAGCGGAGUCGAUACGAGAAAAAUAUGGAUUAAAUUCAAGCGGGUAUCGACCCUACGGCAGGAGUAGCACCAGCCUUGCUACUACAUCUUCUCGAAUAUCGACGAGUUCGAGUCCAGUUCCAACGAAUCAAAUGGCUGGAUUGGCUCUUUCUUACAUGACUUCCAGUGAAACAAUAGCCGCAAGGACUACCCGACCGUCUUCGAGAUUGUUGAUGUCUCAAUCACGGGAGACUUCGCAGUGUCCCUCUCCAUUGUUGCUACGAAGUCAAAUAUUUUCGCCGGAACCUCUGCUGAUUGUAGAAAACGAAAAAAAGCCAGAAGAAGAGGAAGAAAGCUCGUCAUCAACAGAAACCAGCUCCUCGGAAGAAGAGACAUCUGAAGAGACGGAAAGUAGUGUCGAGCCAGAGGCAAAGAUUUUCAUUGAGAUAUCGUUGGUAACGCGAGGAACAUCACCAACACCGCCGGGUUCCACGCCUUACCUACGAGCCAGGCGGGCAGAGAUGUGUAAAACCAUCGAAAAGACAAUUCAAAAGCAAUUGCUCAUCGUCGAAACUGCUGAUAAAGCUGUCCAAUCGGAUAGGAUGGAUGAUUCUACCAAGUAUCUAAGAUACAGUCAACCGGCGACUAGAAAUUGGUCACCUUUUCUAGACAAAUUUAGCUCAAGUGCGUCCUCCGGUUACACAAGAUAUUCCAGUGCUUCUUCGCGAUACAGUCGAGAUAGUUCAAGUCAAAGUAGGGAGACAAGCGUUUGUUCACCGCGUAACGAUGUCCCUGAGAAGAAAGAAGAGAAGAUCUCAACACUUGCUGCCCGCGUGAGAGAUAUGAAUUUGUCCAAAUCGGCAAGCCCUAGGAGUAACGCAGCCAGCAGAUCUACUACAAGUACCCCUUCUAUUAAGCAGAAGACUCCACCUAAGCAUAAAUCUCCAGAGAAACCCCCACCUGCCCCUGUGAAGGAUGGUUCACCGACGAAAUCAUCUGCAAAUUCCAAAAUCAAUAAAGAUUUCCGUAAAUCCGCCCUCAACAUGGGUCCAGCACCGGAACGGCCCCGCAAAGGAUCAACUUCCUCGAACAAAUCGAGCUCUUCAGCAUCUUCCUCCUCAACUGCGACUCAAACGGCCGACGGCAUUUCUCAGAAUGGCGUCAGUCGGAUACCGCAAGCAACGCGUGCCAGCGCCAGCCCUUGUCGCCGUUCAGAUCGUUCAUCGUCGACAAGUUCAGAACUGAGCACUGCUACCUCUUCGUCAACGUCCGAGGCGGAUGGUCAACCAGUUCGCUCAUCGCACAUGGUAUCAUCAACGGAUGAGCAUGGCAAUGCAGUGACUGAUUCAUCUAACGCGAAUAACGAGCUGUUGAUGAGAGCGAUUCAGUUGGCGACGAACUUUGUGAAUAACAACAAUCGGAAUCAUAAUAGUUGGUUCGAUAAUAACAGUACGACCAGUGUUUCGGAGAGUUUAAACCAGGAUUCAAUGUCUAAAUCAGGGUGGGAAGCUGGAACGCAUUACAUGGAGAGUAUCAAGGAUGAUGAUUCCACAGAGGAAGAAGAGGAGGAAGAUGACGAUGAUGGUGGAAAGAAGUCAGAGCUCCAACAAGCCUCGUGGUGGAAGAACGACAAUGGAUUCGUACAACAUCCCCCGUCGAUACAAGAACCGCAACCAUCUGCAAAGAGUUAUGCCUAUAAAAUUAGACCUGUACAGUCAGGUGAGAAAGCAUGGUGGAUGACAAAUGAUAGUGACAGUACCAAAGCAGAUGAUGAAGUAAAUAGCCAGACGGUUAAUGGUGGUUGUCACUUGACGGUACCCAGUGAGGAGAAUGAAAACAAAUCAUACAGUCCAUUUAAGCCCAUCAAUGGCUCGAAAAAUGAUUCCGGGGAGAAACCAUGGUGGUUGACGGAUAAUGGCUCUAAAGUUGAAAAAGAGAAUGAUGAAGGACAGGUGGAGGAAGAUGAUGACGAUGACGCUGAUGAUGAUGAUGAUGAUGAUGAUGCAGAAGCAAAUGUUCAGGAAGAAACAACUGAGAGCAAUACAUCUGCUAGUAUAUUUAGCAGGUUGGAAAACCAACUGAACUCACCAUUCAAACCGGCUAAAGUUACGAGGGUAGAAUCCGGCGAGAAGGCUUGGUGGAUGAUGAGCACUGAUAAUGUAGCUGCAAAGGCCAAAGAAGCCUCUAAGUCGUCGAGUGUUAGUAAGGAAGCAUCUAAAGAGUCCAGCCCAGAUACCAAGAAUCCAGGAUUUACCGUCUAUAAAUUGGAAGCGGAAGAUGAAGAUUGGUGGCAACAAGCGAUGGCCGAGCUGGAAAAGAAGUCUAAAUCGAGUUCCAGUGCGAGCACUGCUAGCAGCAGCAGAGCUCCUUCGAAAGAACCCACUCCAGAACCAAAACAGCAGCAGUUCAUAAUAACUCGAGCAGAGUCGGGUGAAAAAGCAUGGUGGAUGCUUAGUUCAGAUAAAAUCAAUGAAGAAGCAGCUGCAGUUAGCAGUGAUGGAUCGGUACGUGAAUGUAGUCCUGUUAAGGCGAAACCAUACUUGAUUACCAAAAUAGAGUCGGGAGAGGUCCCUUGGUGGAUGACGGAGACGGAAAAUAACGUAUCUAGAUCCGCUUCGAAAUCCAGCGUUGUUAGUCGGUCAAACAGUUUCAACUCUAAGCAGCCAAGUCCAUCUACAUACAAAGUAACGCGGGUCGAAUCUGGAGAAAGAGCAUGGUGGAUGGACAGUCCGGAAGAAAAAGGUGGUAGUCCGAAAAAACUAUCAUCGUUUAUUGAAAAACACGGUGAAGAGGAAAGCCAUCAAGCGGAUGUGAAUGUGGACAAUGAUCUUGACGAAGAGAUUCAAAACAUUAGCAAACUUAUAGCGGGUCUACCGCAAUUCCCCACAGGCCACACUGUCAUCGAAGUGGUUGAAACAACCGAAACUCCUCUGGGUGAUCGGGCCAGUCCGGAAGGGCUCGAAGACACUAAAAAUGAAGCUGAUCGAUCGUCGCCAUAUGACAACAUUCCUUCGGCUACGGCAAACAUCACUCUAUCGAGUCUCGAGCCGAAAACCUACCAGCAGGCGGAAUUGGAUCGUAAAGCAACUGAAUCGCCGAUCUUUAUUUCGCGCCACACAAACAUCGACGAUCUGUUGGGUGGAUCGUGCCACCCACUGAGUCCGAUGAUGGACCGUAUGUUCGUGAUGGACGAGCUGCAGGAAAUUUCACCACUAGACGUGCGGGUGCACGACGCCACGGCGAAUUUUAUUUAUGGCAACAGAUCAACCCAUGGUGGUAAAGCGGCUACCGAUGGUGAUCUGAUGCAGAAAGCUGGGUUGGACGAUGCAGCUCUGCAAGUGUACAAAGACGGCGACUACGGAGCGUAUCUGGAUUUGGAAUCAUCGCUGGCCGAGCAAUCCGAAGAGAUCGAGGGACUGAAUGCGAACCGCAAAAAUUCCCUCGUCGUGCGAACGCAACUAAGCGUUAGAGUUCACUCCAUCAUAGAAAAACUGCUUUCUUCGGAAGGUCGAGAGCUGCGACGGGCUCUGUUUUCACUGAAGCAAAUCUUCCAGGAAGAUAAGGACUUGGUGCAUGGCUUCGUGGCGCUCGGUGGACUUAACUGCCUGGUGCAAAUCGGUAAUGAAGCCGAUCAGAACUACCAAAACUACAUCCUGCGGGCACUGGGACAGGUGAUGCUGUACGUGGAUGGCAUGAAUGGAGUUAUGAAACAUUCGCCAACGAUUCAGUGGUUGUACUCGUUGAUUGCGUCGAAGUAUCGGCUGGUGGUCAAAACUGCCCUUAAACUGCUGCUGGUGUUUGUGGAGUACUGCGAGGGGAAUUGCUACCUGCUGGUCAGUGGAAUCCGGUUCGUGGACACAGCUCGGGGUGUGGUGCCCUGGAAUAAUAUCAUGAGACUGCUGAAAGACUACGAAAAUGCUGACACCGAACUGCUCAUCUACGCAACCUCGCUCAUCAACAAAACCCUAUCGGGUCUCAGUGAUCAGGACAGUUUCUACGACGAGAGCGACUUCCUCGAGCAACAGGGCAUGGAAGGUAUCAUCCAGCGGUAUAUGUCCCGCCCUGGAACGGAUCUCGACCUACUGGAUCAACUUCAGCUUUACGAAACUGUGUUACGAUUCGAAGACGGAGAAACCGAUGGAAUUCGCAUUCCAGACAACACCGUUCGUAAGACGCUCCGCUACCGUUCGAAUGAUACCAGUGAUCGACGGAAGUCACGAAGGCAUAGUACCGGUACAGCUCCAUCGGCGCAACCACCACCAGUUCCUCCACCACCGCCCCCAUCUGCGCUACUAGCAAUGCCACCUAGUAUUCCACCGCCACCUCCACCACCAUUACCUCCACCAGUGGCUCCAGUCACAUUGUACGGUUCCUUAAAAAUACCCACUCAACAAAAUCAGGAUGAAGACAGUUCUAGUUCAGCCAACUCUGCGGAUCACAAUCUGACCGGAGUUGGUUAUCACGACAACUCUAGAGACACAACUGGAGUUACUCCAGGACUAAGAAGGAGACGUGAACGAGCCGAGCGACAGAAGAGUUUCAUGCGAGAGCAACAGGAACUUACACAGUUCAAACCUCAGGAAGACACGAACGGUCACGGAUAUAUUCUAACUCAAAGCCUUCAUCAACAAACGAGUGCUCCUCUGCCGGUGCGACUCCGGAAUGGACAUGAGCCCCGCUCUACUCGACUGAGCAGCUUCCAACAGCAGCAACAUCAACAACAACAACAACAACAACUGCAACAUGCCACAAUCAACGAAUAUGAUCCUCAAACGAGGGUUUCCAGUCUAACUCAAUCUGUGAUCUAUAAUCAUAAACAUAGUUCCACUAAUAAUAAUCAUAGUAAUACCAAUGGUGAUCUCGGAAUCCCGAAGGGAUCGACAAUUUCCAAUGGAACUGGCCACGAUGCGGUAGAGUAUAGGAAUAGUAGGAAUCUGUUGCUGAACAAGCACAACGGAGUAAGUAAUGGACACUACAACGGUACCAAGAUGGAUGUCAAUGGUAAUAUGCCAAACGGCCGGGGAGCCAGUCCGAGGGAGUUGGAUGAGAACGAGAGUCCUAACAUCAAGAUGAAUGGGAACUACGGGGAAAUUAACGGGUAUGCAGGAACCAAUGGGUAUCAUCUGAAUGGAUACAAGCAACAUAAUGGAAAGGAGGAUCAUCGGAAAAGCAACGGGUAUGUGAACGGUAAUGCUACGGCGAAUGGAAGCUACACGGAGCAGAGUGGGAAGCAAGAUCCUGUCCAAGUUGAAUCGGACAGCGAAGAAAAGAAACUCAUAAUUCAACUAAAGAAGGAUCACACGGUCAAAGACCUGACCCAAAAGCUUUCGAAUCUACCGCUGAGCCCCCAGGAGGACAAACCCCAGAAUCGGAUCGGUGACAUGUCCGGUUUGAUUUCCAAAGCCAAGGAAGGACUGGCCAAGAGCAAGAGCAACAAGGAUAUCUCCCGGUCACCGAGCGUGGAUAGUGACAUUAAAAAGCUGGGCGGAGAUCAGAAAAAAUCCGAAAAUGAACUCCACUGGGAGGAGAUUGUGAAAAACAUGACACGGAAGCUGAAUCUGUGUGACUUGGACUUUACCGAUCUCACGUCCGACGACGAUAAGGAUGUGCUUGCACCGCGGGGCUUUGGCGGAGCAGUGCCACCUCCUCCACCACCCGGCGGUUUGAUGCCACCGAUAAAUGUAAUGCCACCGCCACCGUCCAAUCUAAUGCCGCCAAUGUUCCCGAUCGGAGGACUGCCAAACCUGGUAGGAAUGACCAAUGGCGACCUGAGCGGGACGAAUACAAUCAAGAAGAACAAAAAGACUGUGAAACUUUUCUGGAAGGAAGUUCGCGAGGAUAUGAUUCCGGCGACGAUACACCGCACCAUUUGGGACGAGCUGCCGGAGGCCAACGUGGACACUCAGAAGCUGGAGCAUUUGUUCGAAUCCAGAGCCAAAGAUCUGAUGACAAAGAAACAACAAGAACUCAACAAAAACAAAGAAAUCAUCGUGCUGGACCAUAAACGAUCGAACGCAAUCAAUAUUGCCAUGACCAAGCUGCCACCGCCACGGGCAAUUAAAGCGGCAAUCUCGAAGAUGGACUCCACAGUCGUAACUCGUGAAGGCAUCGAGAAGCUUCUGAACAUGCUUCCGAGCGACGAAGAACGAUGUAAGAUCCAGGAAGCACAGAUGCUCAACCCGGAGCUUCCUCUUGGCACGGCUGAACAGUUCCUCCUAACCCUGUCCUCAAUCUCGGAGCUCGGUGCUCGACUUAAACUAUGGGCCUUCAAGCUGGACUUUGAGAACAUCGAGAAGGAAAUUGCCGAACCCCUGAUGGAUCUCAAACAGGGCGUUGAAAUGCUGAAGUCAAAUCUCACCUUCAAGUGCAUCCUUUCGACACUUCUCAAGAUCGGUAUCUUCCUGAAUGGAGCUCCGGUGAAGGGUUUCCAAAUCGAUUACCUGGCAAAGGUACCUGAAGUGAAGGAUACGGUUCACAAGCACUCCCUGCUGCAUCACCUGUGUCACAUGGUCAUGGAGACGCAAGCCAACACAACCGAUCUAUACUCGGAAAUCGGUCCAAUAACCCGAGCAUCGAAAGCGGACUUUGGUGAGCUGGCUCAUAAUGUCACCUAUCUAGAAACGGAGUGCAAAGCUUCGUGGGACCGGUUAAAGCUGAUUAGUAAACAUGAUACCGCACCCCAUUUGAAGCAGAAAUUGAUCGACUUCCUUGCGGAUUGCGCCGAAAGGAUCAUCAUCCUGACUAUCGUUCACAGAAGGGUGCUCAAUAGGUAUCGUAAGUUCCUGCAAUGGUUGGGAGUUCCUCAGCACAGGAUCGCCGAGUCGCGACCGAAUGAAUUCUGCCGGAUCGUUUCAGAGUUUGCGUUGGAAUAUCGUACUACUCGGGAACGCGUCCAGCAGCAGAUCGAAAAGAAAGCCAACCACCGAGAGAGAAACAAGACUAGAGGCAAGCUGAUUGUCGACGUAGGCAAAUUCAAGGGUACUCAGGGUACUCAAGGUACUCAGGAGGAUCGAGCAGAUGUUGAGCUGAGAACCCUUUUGGGAACGCCAACCAAGGGACCUGGUGGUGCGGAGGUUGAAAUGAGUGGAACUUUGACCUGGCGACGAAGGCGAGGCGAUGCCACGGCCUCACCGGUGACUUUGAUGAACUCCAGUCCAAACAACACCCUGAACAGUAGCUUCAUCGGUGGUCAUCAUAACCGAGACGAAAGCUUCACCGAUGGGGACGAUGAGAUUCUGGAAUCGCUGGUGAAGACUGCAACCAAGGCGGCUACACCGAGACCCACGCAGCGGGAACGGAAACGAACCCGACAGGCGGAUCGAAAAUCGUUAAGGCGAACACUGAAGAACGGAUUAUCGGAGGAGGAAAAGCAACACGUGGCCUCGUUGAUAAAAGGGUACUGAGUCAACGAGACCGGAUCGAGCGACCAGUUUCCAUCUCCCGGCAAUAAGAUAAAGCAGAAUUCCUUCGGUCCUUGAAGUGUGUUGAUGACAAGCUCUAGAGCAAACAACUUUAGAGGAAGAUGAAAAAGAAACUCUUGGAAAUGUGAUAGAAAGCUAGAGCUAGACGAAGCGUAAAAAAACAGAACAGAAAUUAGAGACGCAACAAUAAAAUGUUGGUGACAAGCGAAUAUAAGUUUCAGACAGGUUUUUAUUGCCAGCAACAAAAUGGAAGUUUUUCAUCGAAAAGACUAGUCUUUACUAAUUUGAUAUGUAUGCAACGCUAUAAAUGUCGAAGAAAACCUCAUUUUCAUCUCGACAAAUAUAUCCGACCGUUGAUGGUGAAUCUCAAAGAGAGAUAAAUGAAAACUAUGAAUUUGAUUUAAACUUUAACGAACAUUUAUGUAGACUACAAAGAUGAGCCACUCAAAGCUUAUUGAUUUGAUAAUUUUAACUGUAACGAAAGCAUUGUGAAAAAGAUUUUCCAAAUAUAACUAAAUGAACCUUUUCAAGAAAUAUCCAAUGAAACAGAAAUGUAACAUUUCAAAUGUAUGAUACAAAACGUCAAACUACAACAUAAAUUAUUGAAAUACAUCAAAGAUUUACGAAAAUAAAACCUACUCAUUUCAAACUAAA